AUGGAAGAGAGCACUAACCAAAAGGAAGUUGGAACGAUGAAUCCGUUCGCCAAAGGCGGUUUAUCGAGAUCUCCGCCCCUGCAAAACCAACAUGGGCACCAGUCUCGUGAUAAGGAGCAACAGAAGUUGCAGCAGCAGUCACAGCAGCAGCCGCAAAAGCAGCAGCAGCAGAUGCACCAGCCAAAGCAGAAUGUGUUGAACAAAACAAUGCCGGAGGCGAGAGUACUAGAAGCGAAAAGUUUAGUGGAUGAGCUCCAUAGUUUCGUGGACGCAAGGAACAACAUCCACAAAGAAAUUAAAAAGAUGGUCCACAGAAUUCGGAAGGUUGUAGUAUCGGCCGUCAAAGAGUACGAAACGAUAGUAGAACGAGCAAACACAGCGGAACUUACAUUAACAUCCGCUAAAGUUGCCGCUAUCACGAGUUCUCUGAAGCAGGGAGGCACCAGUGCAGCUUCGGUGAGCUCAACGAAACAAGGGAAAGAGGGGGUUGCUGGGGUGGAUAAUGUCUCUGUAUCCAUUACUCCAAAGAGGCCAAGAACAUCUCCAGGAGACGAGAGACCAGGCGGUUCCAAGAGACCUAUACGCCUAGACGAGGACUCCUCUGAGGAGGCGGCUGAGCAAAAGGAAGGAUGGAAUUCUGUUGCUGGCCAGAAAACAGAGAAAAAAAAAGAGUCAGCAAAAGCGAAAGGAGCGGAGAAAAUUGGAGCAGAAGGGGAAAGAAAAGUUUGUGCCUCGUCAAAGGACACCAAAAGGGGACGCAGUUCUCGUCAAGGCUAA